AUAAGAUGCUAAAAUAUAUUUUUUUCUGUUGGAUAUUAAUUUUAUUAUCUACAUUUGUUUUUAAUCUUUGAAGUUUUUCUAGUGUUGGUUUGUAAAUGUCAUGUACAUUUAACAGAUGCUUCGAGCUGUGGGAAUAUUUCGGAGUUGCUUCCCUUUAAUUAAUUAAGCAGCCUCUGUACCAAUAACUUUUUAGUUAAACAUGUGUAAUAAAAGGUUAACGGUUGUGCUGAAUCAGUGUGUAUGGAAAUUAUUUGAAAGAAAAACUGUGUUAUGAUAACGUCAUUGUCAUAAAAAACACAAAAUAUGUGAACAGAAUUUGUUAGAAAAUGGAUAUUUUUCAUUUUCAAGUUUUAUUGCUUUUCUUCCAAAGUUUUGUAACUGACUUUGGAUCUUUGCCAGCUUUUGCAUAUAACAGAAAUAUGUAUAGACCAUUAAGAAUAUAUCCAUAUUUUGGAGACAAUUUGAAAUAUGAAUUAAGUGAUCAAGAAGCACAAAUUUUAAAAAAUACUAUAAACAAUGUUAUUUUGUAUGUUAAAAAGAUCUUAUCAGUAAUUCCGACUGAGGGAUAUUUAUUACUAGAAAGGAAUGCUUGUAAAAGUUCUUGGACUGGUGGAAGAAAUGCAGGGAAAUGUGCCUCAAUACGCAAGGAUUAUGUGGGAGAAUUUUGUCUUGAUAAUUUUAUGAUUCCUGAUGAGCAUUUAGAAGCUUUCUAUACUUGGACAAAUAGACCUUUGCCUGAUAGAACUUGGUACACAGAUGGUGUUGGUGUGAAAAAUGCAGACUAUAUUUUGUAUGUGCAGGCCAGGACAACAAAGUCGUGCAUGACAAAUUUUUCACCAGAGUCUACCAGUACACUGAUGGCUUAUGCAUCUUAUUGCAAGCUUGGAAAAAAUGACAGGCCCAUUGCUGGCUAUAUAAAUUUCUGUGCAAGUGAGUUUAAGAAAUACAAAAGUAACAGGAAUAAGCGGAUCUUAAUUACUUUGCAUGAAGUAUUUCAUGCAUUAGGAUUUUCUAAGGAUUUGAUUUUAAACUUUCGUGAUUUCAGACAGGAAACAUUUGAUACAGUUGAACUGCCGCACUACAGUUUUCCAAUUUUACGUGAAAAUAAUGGUACAUACUGGCUUUUAACACCAACAGUUGUAUCUAAAAUGCAAGAACAAUUUGCCUGCCAAGAGACUGGCAGUAAUUUGCCAGAAGGUGCCCCGAUGACAGAUAAAGAGAAUGUUCUCCAGUCACAUUGGGAUAGCAGUUUUUUGCCAGGAUCUGUAAUGUCAUCAAAAUUGGGUGAACCAGAAUAUACAUUUGUGGAUCCAAUAACCUUGGCAGUAUUUCGUGACACAGGCUGGUAUGAUGUUAACUUUGCAUAUGGGGAUGAUUAUUUAUGGGGAAAGAAAAAGGGAUGUAAUUUUCUGAAGUCAUUAAAUUCUAAAGAAAUUCCAGACUUACAGAAGCAAUGUUCUGUUGAUUUCAGUUCUGGCUGUAACUAUUUGCAAACUGAAGUUAUUAACUGUGAAAAUAGUGAAUUAUUCUCUACCUCAGAUGCUGAAGAAAAGUCAAUCGAGAAUUGUAGAUUUAAUUCCUCAGGUUCUUUUUAUGAGGCAGAAUCAAGCUUAGAUGUUGGACGAUGUAUUCUGUAUGAAAAAAAUCUAGUCAUGAAUGGGAGGUGCGUUGUAGCAAGGUGUUCUGUCGGUGAUGUCUAUAUUAAACUGCGAAGCAUAGAUCCAAACUGGGUAAAAUGCAGUUCAGGUGAAAUCAUUGAAGACACAGUAGAAGGUGGUUUUGUAACUUGUCCUGUAGAUGAAGAAUCAUUUUGUGCUAGGAGGAAUCUACCAGUUUAUUUGCAGGAUUUAGUUACGCUUGAAGCUACAACUGUGACAGAAAGACCGAGAGCCACUUAUCCAGUUACUCAAGGCAAUAUGUAUAGUGUUGAAGAAAUAACUAACAGUCGUACUGCAAAUAUAGGGCAGUCCUGUAGUACCUACUCAACGAAUGUUGCAAAAACUAUUUUCUUGUUAUUUGUUGUGAAAUUAAUCAUUAAUCUGUGAUAUUCAAGUAUAGUGCUUAGAUUAUGAUGGUAAAAGCUUCAAGUGCUAAAAUUUACCUUUUUUAGGUUGUGACAUGUAGUUGAUUAAAUUAUAAUCAUGUACACAUGUAUAUAAAGUCCACCAUUAUUUAACUGUUUACCUUGUUUAGAAUCAUAAGAAUGUAGAAUUAUGAAGUUUUUUUUUCUCCAGUACUGUACUGUUUUUCAGUAUUAUGUACCCAGUUAAAGUUGUCAAUUUAAAAAAUAAUGUCAAUAAUGAAUCUAUUGGUAAAUUUUAUUUUAUUUUUAAAACCUAGAUAGAUUUUAUUAUUGAAAUAUUGUUUUUAUGUACAAAUUAAAAAAUUAAGCUUAAAUUUAUGUUUUUUUUUAAGCAUUUUUAUUCAGACCUGUUUCAAAAAGGUUCUCAAUGAAAUGUAAUUACUGUAUAUCAGUUUUUUUUCACACAUAUCUAAUUUUGGCUAUAUUCCCGUGCCCCUAAAUAUCACGAAAAAAAGAUCAGUGAAAAUUUAAUACAAGAAAUUAAUGAGUUUCUGUAACUGGAUUUCCAACUUUUGAUUUUCUUCCCAACAUCGUCAUAAAUAGUACAUGUUGUGUUAUCCUGUUAUCAAAUCAAUAUAUAUAUCUAUACCAAUAUCUGAAUAAUACAAUAAUAAAUAAAUACACAUGAAAAAACAAGUGUUUUAUAAUUGAAUAAAACAACGAUAUAUGCCAUUUAUUUGAAGAACAUGUUUCGUAACUGUGCAAAUAAUAAGAAGUAUGUAUCCAGGCAUUGGUAAAUACCGGUACAUAGCAUCAUAAAUCUCAGACGAAUAGAGUAAAGUCCCUUCGCCAGCAGAAGUAACACGAAAAUAAGAGUCAGAAAUAACAAAUUCGCUAGAAUUAGAUUUGCUAAAACUAAAUGAAUGCCAAAAUCGUGAAAUUUGCUGUAUGCGAAAAAAACUAGUAUACGGUAUUUUGUCACGGAGACUUUGUGUAGUUUUUUCGUGCUAUCUCUCGUAGCAAAGUUCUAGUAGGACUUCUUAAUUUGUCAGGAAACCGCUUUAAGGAUGUUGCAAUCAGCCAGAUUCUGUAAACUGCAUGUUGCGUAACCACCCAAAUUUCAUGUCUUAAACAAGUUAAAGGCACCAGUUGGCCUUUAGCAGUUUAGAUCAUACAACAACAAAAAAAAAAGAGAGAAAAUUUUUAGAUAUCAGGAAAUAAAUGCUGUAUUUCUUAAAAACACUUGAAAUUUAAUUACUGACAGACUAUAAUGUUAUGGAAACAUAUGAGAAUUAGUUAUUUUUACUAAUUUUUACAUUGAAAAUUGAAAAACAUUUGCAGAGCUCCAGAUAAGCUGGUAUCUCAGUACCCACUAACGGGAAUGGAUUGAAACUUCACACACUUGUUCACUGUCAUGAUCUGACAUGCAUUGCACAGGUUCCAUAACUCUACUUUAAAUUUUUACAAAAUUAUGUCCCUUUUUCGACUUAGCAGUUUUUGGUUAAGUUUUUGUAGGUAAGCUGAUAUCUCAGUACCUACUAAUGGGAAUGGAUUGAAACUUCACACACUUGUCCUUUGUCAUGAGCUGAUAUACAGUGUACAAGUUCCAUAACCCUGUUUUGCAAUUUAACAAAAUUAUGCCCCUUUUUCGACUUUUAAGUUUUAUAUUCAUUCAGUUGACAAGGCUGUUGAAUAGUUGAGCGUUGCUGUCCUCCGACAGCUCUUGUUGACGAUCAAAAAAGCUCACCUUGUCACUUUGUAACAGGUGAGCUUUUUUGAUCGCGUGGCAUCCGUCGUCCGUGCGUGCGUGCGUUCGUGCGUAAACUUUUGCUUGUGACCACUCUAGAGGUCACAUUUUUCAUGGGAUCUUUAUGAAAGUUGGUCAGAAUGUUCAUCUUGAGGAUAUCUAGGUCAAGUUCGAAACUGGGUCACGUGCGGUCAAAAACUAGGUCAGUAGGUCUAAAAAUAGAAAAACCUUGUGACCUCUCUAGAGGCCAUAUUUUUCAUGAAAUCUUCAUGAAAAUUGGUCAGAAUGUUCACCUUGAUGAUAUCUAGGUCAAGUUCGAAACUGGGUCACGUGGGCUCAAAAACUAGGUCAGUAGGUCUAAAAAUAGAAAAACUUUGUGACCUCUCUAGAGGCCAUAUUUCUCAAUGGAUCUUCAUGAAAAUUGGUCAGAAUGUUCACCUUGAUGAUAUCUAGGUCAAGUUCGAAACUGGGUCAUGUGGGGUCAAAAACUAGAUCAGUAGGUCCAAAAAUAGAAAAACCUUGUGAUCUCUUUAGAGGCCGUAUUUCUCAAUGGAUCUUCAUGAAAAUUGGUCAGAAUGUUCACCUUGAUGAUAUCUAGGUCAAGUUCGAAACUGGGUCACGUGCGGUCAAAAACUAGGUCAGUAGGUCUAAAAAUAGAAAAACCUUGUGACCUCUCUAGAGGCCAUAUUUCUCAAUUGAUCUUCAUGAAAAAUGGUGAGAAUGUUCACCUUGAUGAUAUCUAGGUCAGGUUUGAAACUGGGUUACGUGUGGUCAAAAACUAGGUCAGUAGGUCUAAAAAUAGAAAAACCUUGUGACGUCUCUAGAGGCCAUGUUUCUCAAUGGAUCUUCAUGAAAAUUGAUCAGAAUGUUCCUCUUGAUGAUAUCUAGGACAAGUUCGAAACUGGGUCACGUGCGGUCAAAAACUAGGUCAGUAGGUCGAAAAAUAGAAAAACCUUGUGACCUCUCUAGAGGCCAUAUUUUAAAUGAGAUCUUCAUGAAAAUUGGUGAGAAUGUUCACCUUGAUGAUAUCUAGGUCAGAUUCAGAAGUGGGUCACGUGCCUUCAAAAACUAGGUCAUUAGGUCAAAUAAUAGAAAAACCUUGUGACCUCUCUAGAGGUCAUAUUUUUCAAUGGAUCUUCAUGAAAAUUGGUCAGAAUUUUUUAUCUUGAUGAUAUCUAGGUCACAUGUGCUCAAAAACUAGGUCACUAUGUCAAAUAAUAGAAAUAACGACGUCAUACUCAGUUCAACACUAGGUCAUGUGGGGAUAGGUGAGCAAUUCAGGACCAUUAUGGUCCUCUUGUUUUUUAUUGUGAGAUAUUUCGGAAAAUAUUUUUGUGUCAAAAAAUGAAUAUAAAUAAGGGGGUUAUGCCUUUAAUGCAUCAGUAAGUUGAUUUCUAACAAUCACUGACCAUGUUUAAAGCAUAAAAAGUGCAGUUUUGCAACAUUUUGUUAAAAAGUUGAAAAAAAUAAUCGCCAAGGCCAUAAAAAGAUUUAGGGUCAGGCCAAAAAUUUAGGGUAGGUUGGGAUACCGGAAACAAACAUUUUUUUUGUACGCCUUAAUAUAUUUAUCAACAAAUUGCAUAAAUUCCUGUUACUAUGUGGAUGUUAGAUAAUAUACUCAAAUAUGGAUGCUGCAAAUAUGGCUGUUUGUCAAACUUGUGAUGAAAUAUAUACAUAAUGAAUGAGAUUUUGAUGUAGAUUUACUGGUUAUAUAAAUGAGAUUUGCCAGCAUGCUAGACAAUAAGGUACGAGAAGGUGUUGGUCUGACAGUUAAUCAAUGGUGACUUUUAUUAAUUUUCUUAUCGAGUAUUCAUCUUGAUUAUAAUGCUCCUCUUGCGAAAGAAUGAUAAAAUUUCAUUAGUUUAUGGUAUGGUAACCUUUUGUGCUCAAUUCACAUGUUUGCGACAGGGUAUACUAUUAUAUCGAUGAUACGUACAAAUAUAUAAGAUAUUUAUUUUCUCUUUCGCCUCUGCAUUUUCCCUCGAGACUCUUUGUUAAUAAUGUAAAAUUUGUUUUUGUCUGGAGAGGAAAUUGGUUUGAUUCUGGCAUGAACUGUCAUGUUUCGGGUGGGGGUGCAUUUUUGGUCCAUCUCUAGUUUUUAAACAUUCAGCAAAAAAGUAUGAUUUAACGUUCAGCUACUAUUAAAUUCAUUUAUAAUACUUAAAAAAUCUUUUAAAUCAUUAAAACUCAUUCAAAUUUUGUGUGGUUCAGCUACAAGUUUCCUCAAAUUCUCUAUAGAGACUCGGUCAGUCUAAUGUUAAAAGUGGUAAGUCAGCAACAGUUUCAACAUUUUCUUAUUUUUUCUCUUCUCAGACAUAGAUUUCUUUUAGGAAAAAAAAAAAUUAAAUUAGAUAGAACCAUAUUGUUAAAAAAAAUGUGUUUUCUAUUGUUCUUUUUUUUUUUUAACAAAACUUUGUAAUUACACCCAUAAUGUAAAAGGGGUUACAUUUGUAUGACUUUAAUCAACAGUAUUUUUAUCGACAAUGUAGUUUUGCUGAAAUAACUGUGUCCUUGUUUAGGCAACCAGAAUAGGAAAAUCAAAUUUUGAAACAACCUGUAGUUAAAAUAUAACAUGUAUGAAGAUCUAAGUGAACAUAUAUUAGUGUGAAUGGUCAGGUGUUAAAGUUUCCAACAAAUCCAAUACCUGAAAACAUGAAAUAACAAGGAGCUGAGUUUUCAAAAUGUAAAGUCAUACGCCCAGGUGUAUGGCCAAAGAUUUUUUAGGUUUUAAUUCUAAAGGUAAAUAUCAUAAUUAUGAAGGUCAAGGUCAUCUGUAUAUAGGUCUGUUUGUAGGUCUUGUCACCAGGGCUCCAGAUAAUUUUUUUGGCAUAUGAGUAUUUACUCAUAACAUAUAGAUCAGCGAAAAUUUAAUACAAGAAAUUUGAGUUUCUGUAACUGGAUUUCCUACUUUUGAUUUUCUUCCCAACAUCGUCGUAAAUAGUACACGUUGUGUUAUCCAGUUAUCAAAUCAAUAUAUAUCUAUACCAAUAUCUGAUAAUACAAUAAUAAAUAAAUACACAUGAAAAAACAAGUGUUUUAUAAUUGAAUAAAACAACGAUAUAUGCCAGUUAUUUGUAGAACAUGUUCAGUAACUGUGCAAAUAAUAAGAAGUAUAUAUUAUCCAGGCGAUGGUAAAUACCGGUACAUAGCAUCAUAAAUCUCAGACGAAUAGAGUAAAGUCCCUUCGCCAGCAGAAGUAACACGAAAAUAAGAGUCAGAUAUAACAAAUUCGCUAGAAUUAGAUUUGCUAAAACUAAAUGAAUGCCAAAAUUGUGAAAUUUGCUGUAUGUGAAAAAAACUAAUAUACGGUAUUUUGUCACGGAGACUUUGUGUAGUUUUUUUCAUGCUAUCUCUCGUAGCAAAUUUCUAGUAGGACUUCUUAAUUUGUCAGGAAACCGCUUUAAGGGUAUUGCAUACAGCCAGAAAAAAAUGUGUUUUCUAUUGUUCUUUUUAGCUCAUCUGAUUUUUUGAAAAAAAAUGAUGAGUUAUUGUCAUCACUUGAGUGGUUGUCGGCGUCGGCGUCGGCGUCGGCGUUGCCUGGUUAAGUUUUAUGUUUAGGUCAACUUUUCUCCUAAACUGUCAAAGCUAUUGCUUUGAAACUUGGAAUACUUGUUCACCAUCAUAAGCUGACCCUGUGUAGCAAGAAACAUAACUCCAUCUUGCUUUUUGCAAGAUUUAUGGCCCCUUUUGUACUUAGAAAAUAUCAGAUUUCUUGGUUAAGUUUUAUGUUUAGGUCAACUUUUCUCCCAAACUGUCAAAGCUAUUGCUUUGAAACUUGGAAUACUUGUUUACCAUCAUAAGCUGACCCUGUACAGCAAGAAACAUAACUCCAUCUUGCUUUUUGCAAGAUUUAUUGCCCCUUUUGGACUUAGAAAAUCAGUUUUCUUGGUUAAGUUUUAUGUUUAGGUCAGCUUUUAUCCUAAACUAUCAAAGCUAUUGCUUUAAAACUUGCAACACUUGUUCACCAUCAUAAGUUGACCCUGUACAGCAAGAAACAUAACUCCAUCCUGCUUUUUGCAAGGUUUAUGGCCCCUUUUGGACUUAGAAAAUAUCAGAUAUUUUGGUUAAGUUUUAUGUUUAGGUCAACUUUUUCUCUUAAACUAUCAAAGCUAUUGCUUUGAAACUUUCAACACUUGUUUACCAUCAUAAGCUGACCCUGUACAGCAAGCAGCGUAACUCCAUCCUGAUUUUUGCAAUAAUUAUUGCCCCUUUUGGACUUAGAAAAUCAUUUUCUUGGUUGAGUAUUAUGUUUAAGUCAAGUUUUCUCAUAAACUAUCAAAGCUAUUGCUUUAAAACUUGCAACAGUUUUUCACCAUCAUAAGUGGACACUGUACAUCAAGAAACAUAACUCUAUCCUGCUUUUUGCAAGAAUGAUGGCCCUUUUUAGACUUAGAAAAUCAUGGGUAGGACAAUAUUUCUAUUACACAAAAAAAAUCAGAUGAGCGUCAGCACCCGCAAGGCGGUGCUCUUGUUUUUUUUUUAGCUCACCUGUCACAAAGUGACAAGGUGAGCUUUUGUGAUCGCGCGGCGUCCGUCGUCCUUCGUCCGUGCGUGCGUGCGUGCGUGCGUCCGUGCGUCCGUAAACUUUUGCUUGUGACCACUCUAGAGGUCACAUUUUUCAUGGGAUCUUUAUGAAAGUUGGUCAGAAUGUUCACCUUGAUGAUAUCUAGGUCAAGUUCGAAACUGGGUCACGUGCCGUCAAAAACUAGGUCAGUAGGUCUAAAAAUAGAAAAACCUUGUGACCUCUCUAGAGGCCAUAUAUUUCACAAGAUCUUCAUGAAAAUUGGUCAGAAUGUUCACCUUGAUGAUAUCUAGGUCAAGUUCGAAACUGGGUCACGUGGGGUCAAAAACUAGGUCAGUAGGUCUAAAAAUAGAAAAACCUUGUGACCUCUCUAGAGGCCAUAUUUUUCAUGAGAUCUUCAUGAAUAUUGUUUAGAAUGUUCACCUUGAUGAUAUCUAGGUCAAGUUCGAAACUGGGUCAGGUGGGGUCAAAAACUAGGUCAUUAGGUCUAAAAAUAGAAAAACCUUUUGACCUCUCUAGAGGCCAUAUUUCUCAAUGGAUCUUAAUGAAAAUUGGUCAGAAUGUUCACCUUGAUGAUAUCUAGGUCAAGUUCGAAACUGGGUCACGUGGGGAUAAAAACUAGGUCAGUAGAUCUAAAAAUAGAAAAACCUUGUGACCUCUCUAGAGGCCAUAUUUUUCAUGAGAUCUUCAUGAAUGUUGGUCAGAAUGUUCACCUUAAUGAUAUCUAGGUCAAGUUCAAUAUUGAGUCAUGUUGGAUCAAAAACAAGGUCAGUAGGUCUAAAAAUAGAAAAACCUUGUGACCUCUCUAGAGGCCAUAUUUUUCAAUGGAUCUUCAUGAAAAUUGGUCAGAAUGUUCACCUUGAUGAUAUCUAGGUCAAGUUCGAAACUGGGUCACAUGCGGUCAAAAACUAGGUCAGUAGGUCUAAAAAUAGAAAAACCUUGUGACCUCUCUAGAGGCCAUAUUUUUCAAUGGAUCUUCAGGAAAAUUGGUCAGAAUGUUUACCUUGAUGAUAUCUAGAUCAAGUUCGAAACUGGGCCACGUGGGGUUAAAAACUAGGUCAGUAGAUCUAAAAAUAGAAAAACCUUGUGACGUCUCUAGAGGCCAUAUUUUUCAUGAGAUCUUCAUGAAUAUUGGUCAGAAUGUUCACCUUGAUGAUAUCUAGGUCAGGUUCGAAACUGGGUCACGUGGGGUCAAAAACUAGGUCAGUAGGUCUAAAAAUAGAAAAACCUUGUGACCUCUCUAGAGGCCAUAUUUCUCAAUGGAUCUUCAUGAAAACUGGUGAGAAUAUUCAGCUUGAUGAUAUCUAGGUCAGGUUCGUAACUGGGUCAUGUGCGGUCAAAAACUAGGUCAGUAGGUCGAAAAAUAGAAAAACCUUGUGACCUCUCUAGAGGCCAUAUUUUUCAUGAGAUCUUCUUGAAAAUUGGUGAGAAUGUUCACCUUGAUGAUAUCUAGGUCAAGUUUAAAAGUGGGUCACGUGCCUUCAAAAACUAGGUCAUUAGGUCAAAUAAUAGAAAAAGCUUGUGACCUCUCUAGAGGCCAUAUUUUUCAAUGGAUCUUCAUGAAAAUUGGUCAGAAUUUUUUAUCUUGAUGAUAUCUAGGUCACAUGUGCUCAAAAACUAGGUCACUAUGUCAAAUAAUAGAAAUAACGACGUCAUACUCAGUUCAACACUGGGUCUUGUGGGGAUAGGUGAGCGAUUCAGGACCAUCAUGGUCCUCUUGUUUAACAAAACAUUGUAAUUACCCCCAUUAGUAAAUUUGAAAUUAUUAUUUAAAAAAAGAUAAGUAUUUCUUUUUGGUUACAUUUAAUUUCCCAUUUCUAAUUACCAUUUGCAUUUGAUAGAAUUAAUUAAAAGAUUUUUCAAUAAUCUGAACCAAAAGGCAACUUUUAAUCUUUGUUGUUCAUACAACCAAGACAGACAAAGAGAGGUACUGGUAACUUGCAUUUCUAAUGAAUUUCAGUUAAAUAUAUACUUGUUAAAGCAAAUUUUUAAUAAAUAUAAUGUAAAGUGAAGAUCUAAGUGAACAUAUAUUAGUGUGAAUGGUCAGGUGUUAAAGUUUCCAACAAAUCCAAUACCUGAAAACAUGAAAUAACAAGGAGCUGAGUUUUCAAAAUGUAAAGUCAUACGCCCAGGUGUAUGGCCAAAGAUUUUUAGCUCACCUGUCACAAAGUGACAAGGUGAGCUUUUGUGAUCGCGCAGUGUCCGUCGUCCGUCGUCCGUCCGUGCGUGCGUCCGUCCGUAAACUUUUGCUUUUGACCACUCUAGAGGUCACAUUUUUCAUGGGAUCUUUAUGAAAGUUGGUCAGAAUGUUCAUCAUGAUGAUAUCUAGGUCAAGUUCGAAACUGGGUCAUGUGCCAUCAAAAACUAGGUCAGUAGGUCUAAAAAUAGAAAAACCUUGUGACCUCUCUAGAGGCCAAAUAUUUCACAAGAUCUUCAUGAAACUUGGUCAGAAUGUUCACCUUGAUGAUAUCUAGGUCAAGUUCGAAACUGGGUCACGUGCCGUCAAAAACUAGGUCAGUAGGUCUAAAAAUAGAAAAACCUUGUGACCUCUCUAGAGGCCAUAUAUUUCACAAGAUCUUCAUGAAAAUUGGUCAGAACGUUCACCUUGAUAAUAUCUAGGUCAAGUUCGAAACUGGGUCACGUGCCAUCAAAAACUAGGUCAGUAGGUCAAAUAAUAGAAAAACCUUGUGACCUCUCUAGAGGCCAUAUUUUUCAUGGGAUCUGUAUGAAAAUUGGUCUGAAUGUUCAUCUUGAUGAUAUCUAGGUCAAGUUUGAAAGUGGGUCACGUGCCGUCAAAAACUAGGUCAGUAGGUCAAAUAAUAGAAAAACCUUGUGACCUCUCUAAAGGCCAUAUUUUUCAUGGGAUCUGUAUGAAAAUUGGUCUGAAUGUUCAUCUUGAUGAUAUCUAGGUCAAGUUCGAAACAGGGUCAUGUGCGGUCAAAAACUAGGUCAUUAGGUCUAAAAAUAGAAAAACCUUGUGACCUCUCUAGAGACCAUACUUGUGAAUGGAUCUCCAUAAAAAUUGGUCAGAAUGUUCACCUUGAUGAUAUCUAGGUCAAGUUUGAAACUGGGUCACGUGCCAUAAAAAACUAGGUCAGUAGGUCAAAUAAUGAAAAAACCUUGUGGCCUCUCUAGAGGCCAUACUUUUCAUGGGAUCUGUAUGAAAGUUGGUCUGAAUCUUCAUUAUGAUGAUAUCUAGGUCAAAUUUGAAUUUGGGUCAACUGCUGUCAAAAACUAGGUCAGUAGGUCUAAAAUUAUUAAAAUCUUUUGACCUCUCUAGAGACCAUAUUUUUCAACGGAUCUUCAUGAAAAUUGGUCAGAAUUUUUAUCUUGAUAAUAUCUAGGUCAAGUUCAAACUGGGUCACAUGAGCUCAAAAACUAGGUCACUAUGUCAAAUAAUAGAAAAAACGACGUCAUACUCAUAACUGGGUCAUGUGGGAAGAGGUGAGCGAUUCAGGACCAUCAUGGUCCUCUUGUUUAGGUUUUAAUUCUAAAGAUAAAUAUAAUAAUUAUGAAGGUCAAGGUCAUCUGUAUAUAGGUCUGUUUGUAGGUCUUGUCACCAGGGCUCCAGAUAAUUUUUUUGGCAUAUGAGUAUUUACUCAUAACAUAUUUGUGAAUGAGUAAAAUGGGGGCCUCCGUGGCCGAGUGGUUAAGGUCGCUGACUUCAAAUCACUUGCCCCUCAUCGAUGUGGGAUCGAGACUCACUAUGGGCGUUGAAUUCUUCAUGUGAGGAAGCCAUCCAGCUGGCUUACGGAAGGUCGGUGGUUCUACCCAGGUGCCCGCUCGUGAUGAAAUAAUGCACGGAGGGGCACCUGGGGUCUUCCUCCACCAUUAAAGCUGGAAAGUCGCCAUAUGACCUAUCAUGUGUCGGUGCGACGUUGAAUCCAAAAAAAAAAAGAAUGAGCAAAAUGGUAAAAUCUGGAAUUCACUAGGAGUAAGUUUACUUGUGAAAAUUUGUAAAUGUGAAAAAAACAGAAAUCUGUUUUUGUAAGUUACAAUCAUGAAUGUGUUUGCAGUUCAGUUUCAAUUCAGCAUUCAAGUUUUUGCUUCUUUUUUUUCUCCCUUGGCUUGCUUUGGUUUCAUACUCGUGGUUUCAUACUCGCUACCAUUCAAUAUACCUUUAACUAUGUUUUGGGGAUCAUUUUUAUUGGUUUAAAGAAUGCGUAGUGUUUAUUCACUUUUUACAUUCUUAGAAAGAGACCUUUUUGUUGUUUACUCCGCACUGGAAGUUGAUAUUUUAAAUCGACAUCAAUUUAAAACACUACCGUGCCAUCAAUAUUAAUUUCCAACUAUUUGAUUUACGCACCCAUUGAGUGUAUAAUAUAGUUUAACCUAGGUUUAUAGACUAAGUGCUAUUCAAUGUGGGAGAAUUUAUGCUGACCAUGCUCUGUUUCGUAAAGCAUCUAGACGAUUCAGAUUUUGUUUACGCUGGUAAAAAGUUAUUGCGUGCGUUUCUGUAAUUUCAUAGACUUUUUUAUAUGCUUUGAAAUUAUCAGACAUGCGUAUAUGCAUUAUUUCAAAGCGUAAUUUACGCUUAUACGCAUCUUAUCUGGAGCCCUGUGUCACAAGUCUUGUUAUGUGUGUGUAUGAACUAAAUUUGGUCAUUUAAUGUUGGCUGUAAGACCAAAAAAUGUUGUUUAUUAAGGUUUUAAGUUUGAAGGUGAAGUUCAUAUGAGGGUCAGGGUCAUUUAUAUAUAGGUCAGUUUGUAGGUUUUGCCACAAGGAUUGUGGAGUGUGAGUUUGAACUAAAUUGGAUCAUUUAUGUGGGCUGUAGAACCAAAAUUGUUGUUUAUUAAGGUUUUAAGUUUGAAGAUAUAGUUCUUGUGUAGGUCCAAAAAUGUGGUUUAAGGUUUUAUAUUUGAAGGAGAAGGUCAUAUGAGGGUCAAGGUCAUUUAUAUAUGGGUCAGUUUGAAGGUCAUACCACAUGAGUGUGAGCAUGAACUAAAUAGAGUCAUUUAUGUGGGCUGUAGGCAAUCUGGUUCAUAUGUAUGGAAGGACUAACGGACAAACAGACAGUUCAGGGGCAUAAAAAGAGAAUUUGUUUGUUUUAAUAUCUUUCACUUAUUAACACUAUAUGUUACAUUUUCACUAGUGGCUAUGCACUCCAUCUGGUGUUUACCAGUUAAAGAUAUUUCAAGCUUACACUGAAGCAAACAGAUAUCCUCUAUAAAGUACAUAAAGUGAGUACCGUAGAUACCCAUGUAUAAUGCGCAAUUUUUUUACCCCCGGGACCACGCCCGAAUCGUGGGUGCGCAUAAUACACAGGUAUAGACAAUUUUCCAACUUCAAAACAAGUUUGUUACCGAUGUUCGCCAUUUUGGUAAAGGGAAACUACUCCCCGCGUUUACUGUCACCGCUAAAAUCUAAGAUUGCCGUUACGUUCCGUAAAAGAUCGAAUGGUUUAUUUUUCUUUCAAACAAAAUUAAUUUCAUAUAAAUUUAAGAAGUAUUUUGAUGAAAGAAAUGUUAAUAAAUCACAAAAAUUAUGAUACUAAUUAAAAAUUAUAAGAAUUAUCUUUAACUGAGAUCAAACUGAACAACAUAAUUGACAUGAGGUGACACGUUAAUUGCCGGUAAUUACUGGCUAUUUGAUCGUGACAAAAAUACUAUCACACCUUUAGUUAUUGGUUUGAAUUGAGAAGCUCAUGUCAUUUUGAAAGAUACCAUUCCGAAAUAUUGAAUCAGUUGCUGUGUAUUUAUUCAAAAUAGUUAAUAAAAAAGGUAAAACAACAAAUAAAACAAUAUUUUACUGGUUUUAUUUUCGAGAAAACAAAAAUCGAUAGUACCGCGAGACAGAUGCUGCUCUCUGCCGCGGAAAUAAGAUUUAUUACCAGUGUCGAUGUAAACUCUACUUUCGUUUCCCAUCCACCUCAAAAUUGACCAAAAUUUUUUUUCCCCAGGAUUUUGGGCCAAAAGCGGGGGUGCGCAUUAUACACGGGUGCGCAUUAUACAUGGGUAUCUACGGUAUUGUUUAUAAUGUGUAAUUAAUUCUUGUAUAAAAUUUUUGAGAUAUGGCUAGUUUUGCAUAUGUGUUAGCAUUUCCCUGUUGAAUGAAAACAAAAAUAGAAUAAACUGUUAAAGUCAAGUUGACACAUACUUAUUAUGUCUCUCCCUACUCCCACCCCCACUGGAGGAGACAUACUGUUUUUGCCCUGUCCAUCCAACCGUCACACAUUAUUUCCAGCCAAUAAUGGAGAACCAUUUGACCGAGAACCUUCAAACUUUUUAGGAUGGUAGGGCUUAUGGAGUAUAUGACCCCUAUCAUAUUUAGGGUCAUUCCAUCAGAGGUCAAGGUCACAGGGGCCUGAACAUGGAAAACCAUUUCCAAUCACUUGGACCAGAAUGUUGAAACUUCACAGGAUGAUUGGACUUGCAGAGUAGAUGACCCCUAUUGCUUUUUGGGGUCACUCCAUUAAAGGUCAAGGUCGAAGGGGCCAUCUGCCUGUCACACUUCCAUUUUCGAUCAAUAGCUUGAGAACCAUUUGACCUAGAACUUUCAAACUUCAUUGGGUAAUAAGGCUUAUAAAGUAGAUGACCCCUAUUAUUUUUGGGGUUACUCGAUCAAAGGUCAAGGUCACAGGGGCCUGAACAUGGAAAACUGUUUCUGAUCAAUAACUUGAGAACCACUUGACCCAAAAUGUUGAAACUUCAUAGGAUGAUUGGAAAUAUAGAGUAGAUGAUCCCUAUUGAUUUUUGGGUCACUUGAUCAAAGUUCAAGGUCACAGGGGCCAGAAAUUAGAAAACCAUUUCUGAUCAAUAACUUGAGAAUCAUUUGACUUAGACCCUUCAAACUUUAUAGUUGAUAGGACUUACAAACUGGAUGACCCCUAUUGAUUUUAGGGUCACUUGAGCAAAGGUCAAGGUCACAGGGACCUGAACAUGGAACACUUUCCAAUCAAGAACUUGAAAACCACUUGGCCCCGAAUGUUGAAACUUCAUAGGAUGAUUGGACAUGCAGCGUAGAGUACCCCUAUUGAUUUUGGGAUUACUCGGUCAAAGGUCAGAGGGGCCAGAACAUGGAAAUCCGUUUCCAAUCCAUAACUUGAGAACCACUACGCCCAGAAUGUUGAAACUUCUUGGGAUGUUUAGACACGAGUAGAUGAUCCCUAUUGCAGCCAAACCGUUGGUGUCUCUUGGACUUUUGCUCCUGUCCCCUAUUGACUUCUUGCCUAUUACGACUAUGCAUUUGGGGAGACAUGAGCUUUUCUACAAAAGCAUCUUCUAGUUAUAUAAGUCUCCAGUAAGGAACAUUCAUGUGGGACAUAUUUGUUUUACAAACAGCUUGUUAAAUGUUUUCAUUUAGUAAUGAUUACUUUUAUUAAUUUUUAGUAAUUAGUAAUUGGUUGCAUACAAUUUCUUAUACAAUUUUGUUUUGGGUAAAACUAAUUCCCUUUUUGUUUUCAAAAAACUAAAUGUCUUAGUGAUACGGCUUUAUGUUGCAAUUCAAUACACUUUUCUGUUUAAAUGAAGUGGUAUCGGGAGACAUGAAUGUACUUUUACUAAAAGUAAUCUCUAAUACUACAUGUAUGAAUUGAAUGAAAAAUACAAAAAAAAUUAAAUGAAAAAUGGACUCCUUCUAGAGAACUUGCGAUUGCUUGCCUUCUAGUUCCUUUGGUGUGGAAAAUUGUAGAAAACUUCAUCAGAAGAGUUAAUGAAGCCUACAAGCUAUGUUGAGGAGAGACGACAUUGAUUUGUUCUUGAGAGAUGUCUGAUGAAAUAAAGCAAUACAAACUCACUGAUUGUUUUGGUCAUU